AUGGCUAAGCUCAUUCUUGCCACAGGUCUGGCAAUACUUCUGAAUACACAGCUGGGAUUUUCCUACCAGCUGAUGUGCUACUAUACCAGUUGGGCUAAGGACAGGCCAACAGUAGGGAGUUUCAAACCUGGUAAUAUUGACCCCUGUCUAUGUACUCACCUGAUCUAUGCCUUUGCUGGGAUUCAGAACAAUGAGAUCAUCAACACAAGUGAACAGGACUUGAUUGACUAUGAAGCAUUAAAUGGUCUGAAAGCCAGGAACACUGACUUAAAAACUCUCCUGGCCAUUGGAGGAUGGAACUUUGGAUCUGUCCCGUUCAGUGCCAUGGUAUCUACUCCUCAGAACCGUCAGACAUUCAUUAAGUCAGUCAUCAAAUUCCUUCGCCAGUAUAAGUUUGAUGGCCUCAACAUGGACUGGCAGUAUCCUGGGUCUCGUGGAAGCCCUCCUAAGGACAAACAUCUCUUCAGUGUCCUAGUGCAGGAAAUGCGAAAAGCUUUUGAGAAAGAAUCCAUUGAGAAAGACAUUCCAAGGCUGCUACUCACGGCCACAGUAGCUGGAGUCAUUCCCACAAUCCAGUCUGGUUACAAGAUCCCUGAACUGUCUCAGUCUCUUGACUAUAUUCAGGUCAUGACAUACAAUCUCCAUGAUUCCAAGAAUGGCUAUACUGGAGAAAAUAGUCCCCUCUAUAAAUCUCCAACUGACACUGGAAAUAGUGCCUAUCUCAAUGUGGAUUCAAUCAUUACCUACUGGAAGGAAAAUGGAGCAGCUCCUGAGAAGCUCAUUGUGGGAUUUCCGGCAUAUGGGCACACCUUUAUGCUCAGUGAUCCCUCUAACACUGGAAUUGGUGCUCCUACUAUUAGUGCUGGCCCACCAGGGCAUUACACGGGUGAAACAGGACUCUGGGCUUACUAUGAGAUUUGUUCAUUUCUGAAUGUUGGAGCCACUGAGAGCUGGGAUGCCACACAGGAAGUUCCAUAUGCUUAUCAUGGCAAUAAGUGGGUUGGCUAUGAUAAUGUCAGGAGCUUCAAGAUAAAGGCUCAGUGGCUCAAGGACAACAAAUUAGGAGGUGCCAUGGUCUGGCCCCUGGACAUGGAUGACUUCACUGGUUCUUUCUGUGACCAGGGAAGUUUCCCUCUGACUUCUACUUUAAAGAGAGAUCUGAACAUACACAGUGCAAGUUGUUACAACUCUUAUCGAGGGGAGCUUUAG